UGCAGAAAAUCCAGAACAAAAAAAAGUUCUUCUUAUACUUGACGGGCAUUCAACACAUACAAAAAAUCUUCAAGCCUUAGUUCUAGCUCAAGAUCACGGAGUGGUAAUGCUUUCUUUGCCAUCGCAUACUACUUAUAGGCUACAACCUUUAGAUAGAUCUUUUUUCAAAGCUUUAAAUUCUAAAUAUAAUACUGCUUGUGAUAAAUGGAUGCGAACCCAUCUAGGCAGAUGUAUUACUUAAUAUCAAGUAUCUCAACUGUUUGGCGAAGCUUACUCAAGAGUUGUUGGUAUGGAAAUAGCAGCGGAUUUAGAACGGAUUUAGAGACACUGGGAUAUGGCCGGUAGACAGCUCAGUUUUCUGGGAAGAGGACUUUGUACCUUGUGAAAUACUCAGUGGAGAGAUGAGCUCAAAUGCAAAAGCUUCCCAAACAGAUGAACUUAUUUUAGAAACAAUUUCUGCACAUCCAGUGAAAACUUCUUCACUCGAGCGAAAUCCAAAAAAAUCUAGAGCUACUCUAUUGAAACAUAAUGCACAUAAUGAACCACUCUCUAACGUAACUUUAUUAUCAUCAAUGAAAAAAACAGAACAGUUGCAGUGUCUUGACAUACCAAUAAAAGCAUUAUCUCCACUUCCAGUUAGAACUUCUCCUCUCAAAAGAAAAAAAAAUAAUUCUAAUACAACUGUAUUGACGAGUAGUCCUUACAAAGAUGCACUCUCUGGAAGAGCUUUACUGCGACCAAAUAAAAAAAUAAAGCAGGACAGACAAUGUUUAAAAGAGUGUGAGAAAGCAAAUAAAUCUCUUCAAAAUGAAAGCUGGUUUUGCUACCUCUGUGAAGAAAAUAUAAAAAAGAGUAUGAUACAAUGCCUUACAUAUUAAGGCUGGUGCCAUAAUGACUGUCCAUAAUGAAGGUGUUAAUCAAAAACAAAAACGUUAUAUUUGUAACUUUUGUCAAGAAUAAAGAUUUUCUGUUUUGUAUUAUUAA